CGGUAUCCUUAGUUUUUGCUAUUUGAGGAUCCCCAAAAAGGUCAAAAUAUAGGUAAUCGACUGUCCUUAACAUCGUUCAAUUUAAAGAAGGCACUUAUCUAUCUGAAAAAAUGGAUAGGUUGCUAUUUUAAUUUCAGAAACCACAACGUUGUUUUCCAAAGAUUGUCAGGGAACGGGAUCUUCUGAAGAGUUUCAAAACUAGUUUUUACUUAGUGAAAGUUGUGGGAAAGUGUCUAUUUUCAGAAUCUGAAAACCGCAGAUCACUAUCGCUUUUCUAUCAGAAGUUAUUUAGAAAAUAGCCUAGGAAGCUGUUUUUUGGCGUCGAUAAUAGUACAACUAUUGAAUAUACUUCUGAGAAACCAUUAUUGUUUUUUUAUGAGAAUGUACAUUGAAGCAAUGUUUUGUUUUUGUUAUUCACGUUUAUCACCAGAUGCUCUUUACUUUGUUCUUUGCUUGUAAUUAUCUUACGAUCGUUAGUUGUAUGCUUUAACAGUAAUAUAUAAAUAUCUUUUUUGUUUACUUUUAGAAAAAUGUUAUUUCGAAUAAUAUCAUGGAUCAUGGCGCUAUAGCAGCUACCACAACUGAAAUUCCUAUAUUCUCAACACAAACAUCUGCCGUUCUAUCUUCUAAAGGUGAUAUUAGUUUAGCAGCUAUUGACAAUGGUCUAGCAUUUCCAUUUAAACAUCCGGAUGAAUGGCGUGCAUAUCCUUUUCAUUGGGCAUGGUUACCACAAGCAAAAAUAUCAUUUUCGGAAGAAAUAAAACAGUUAAUGUUACCACUUUUAUCCGAUACAAACUAUGUUGAACGUGAAUUAUGUGAUGAAAUACGAAGAUUAUUUGCACAAGACAAAGUAAAGAGCAUCUGGUGA